UUCAUUUUUCAUUUCAACAGUUAAGAGUACUAGAUGAUUUUGGCAGUAAUCUGGAAGCAUAUCAAUGAUACUGGAAAAAAUUGGCAUCAUGUCUACAAAGGCUUUUUCCCCUUGUUUACAGAAAAUCUGCAUUUUGUCAUUGAAAUUCUUGUUUUGUUUUUACUGUAACUUUUUGGGGACUUUCUUAUCUAUUUCCCCAUGGUCUCUCUAGAUCCUUCGUCUAAAAAUUGAAGAGAGCAUUAUUUUUUUGUUUUUACAUAUUUCUGUGAUGAAAUUUUUUCUAAGGAAUAUAAUUUAUAAAUUAUUUACUUCGACCCCAAAUUUUUGGGUAUUGAUGGUGACCUCUGUUUUACCUCAUCCUUGUUGUAUGUAUUUACUGUUCUUUCUUGGAAUCUACCAUUCUCUUGAAUAUGAAAAUGAAAAAAUUUACAGGCUUUGACUGUUUUGGAGUACUUGCUAGCCCAUGGAUCAAAGCACGACAUAGAUGAUAUCAGGAGAUUACAUGCUUAUCAAGUAUCGAUCAGUUUCUUUUUCAUAUGCAUUGUUCGAUUUUCAGUAUAUUGAUUCCAAGGGAAGGGAUCAAGGAAGCAAUGUUAGAAGGAUAUCUCAAAGUCUUGUAGCCCUUUUAAUGUUAAGGAACAAAUACAAGAAGUACAUGAAAUGGCUGCUGCUAACAGUGACAAGGAAGUUUGCUUCAAGUUUCUUGAUUACCCUUCUCAUGGCAUUGUUCAAUUUUCAAUAUAUUGGCUCCAAUAUGAGGCAUCAAGGAAGCAUGUUAGAAGGAUAUCUUAAGAGUCUUGUAGCCCUUGUAAAUGAUAAGGUUGACAUAUUUUCAUCUCGAACUGUCUUGUUGAAAAUACUCACUGAAGAGGAACCGCACGCCUACAUGUAUUAUGGUGCUACCAUAGUUGGAUGUCUGUAAGGUGUCUUUUUCUCUUUUUUCUCCUUCCUUUUUUGGGAGACUUGGUACCUAAUUUUCUUACCAUUGUAAAACUAAUGGCGUCAUUAUCAUCUUAUAAGUUAAUCGAUUUACUUUUA